AUGCAGCAAGACCAUGCCGCUGCUCUGGCCUUCGACCUUUACAGCACUGAGCACUAUCCCUUUUGGUGCCUGAACUACUUCUUGAUGCUCUGGUUCCUCUCCCACAUUACCAGGGUCUUCUUUAAGCGUCUGGCUGGCAGUAAACUUCAAACCUCCUUUGCCAAACUAGACCCCAACAAGCAGGACAAUGUUGUCAUCUACGUCCUGCAGCUUGUGGGCACAACGGUUGCUCUUGCUGCUCAGAUCUAUGGUGGAGCAGACAUAAUCUUCCAAGGGAAGGACACAACUUCUGAAGUUCAAAUGACAUGGCUUUUGGUUUCUAUCCAAGUGGUUGCAAUUCUCUACAUCUGGGAACUCAUCUACCGGAAGGAGAUUGGAUUCCCACUUCUUAUUCACCAUCUUGUUACGAUUGUGAACUCUCAGGUCGUUGCAGCAACUUUCUUUGAUACUCAUCAGAUUGUCUACAUUCGAUUUGCUGUUUUGAUUGGGUUCCAUGCAACCAUGGAGCAACCAUCAUUUGUUGCCUUGUUCCUUUACCGCCUUGGACUCUGUAGCAAGAAGUGGCAAGCUUUUUGGUUCAACUUUUCGGCUGUACAAACCCUCGUGUUCAAGACGAUGAUCACAACGGUGACAGCCGUGUACUAUAUCUUUGUGGUCUACAAUCAAGAAGUUGUCAUGGAUGGCAGCUGGGGCGCUUUCUGGAUCCUUUUCUUCCCUCCAAUGACAUUGUGCUUGUAUGGUGCCCAGGCAUACUCAUGUUACGUACUAUAUUUGCUCGGAAAGAAGUGCAAGGGUGAGGGAUCAGAAUGUUCCUUGUCCAAAGCUGAAGACACCUUGACGGAAAUUGACGAGCUCGAGGUGGAGGAGGAACCUCAUCAGUCAUCAAUGUCUAUUGAAGUCUAA